GUAUUUUCUCUCGGAUAUCAACUUUCAAACCUGAAGACAUGGCAUUCCGGGCAUUUUGCGUGUUGAUUGGAGUAUUUAUUUGCUCUAUCUGUGUAAAUGGAUCUUCCCAGCCCCAAGCAAGAGUUUAUUUAACAUUUGAUGAACUUCAAGCAACCAAGACCUUUGAAUACUUCAGCCUGUCCCACCACCCAUUAGACUACAGGAUUUUACUGAUGGAUGAAGAUCAGGACCGGAUCUAUGUGGGCAGCAAAGAUCACAUUCUUUCCCUGAAUAUUAACAACAUAAGUCAAGAACCUUUGAGUGUCUUCUGGCCAGCAUCUACCAUCAAAAUUGAAGAGUGCAAAAUGGCUGGCAAAGAUCCUAUGCACGGCUGUGGGAAUUUCGUCCGGGUCAUCCAGACUUUCAACCGCACCCACUUAUACGUAUGCGGGAGCGGUGCUUUCAGCCCGGUCUGCACCUACAUAAACCGAGGCAGGAGAUCCGAGGACCAAGUAUUCAUGAUUGACUCCAAGUGUGAAUCUGGCAAAGGACGCUGCUCUUUCAACCCCAAUGUGAACACUGUGUCUGUGAUGAUCAAUGAGGAGCUUUUCUCAGGAAUGUACAUAGAUUUCAUGGGGACAGAUGCUGCUAUUUUUCGAAGUCUAACCAAGAGGAAUGCGGUCAGAACUGACCAACACAAUUCCAAGUGGCUAAGUGAACCCAUGUUCGUGGAUGCCCACGUCAUCCCAGACGGCACGGAUCCCAACGAUGCAAAGGUGUACUUCUUCUUCAAAGAGAAACUGACGGGCAGCAACAGGAGCACGAAGCAGAUCCACUCCAUGAUAGCCAGGAUGUGUCCUAACGACACAGGUGGCCUGCGCAGCCUCGUCAACAAGUGGACCACCUUCCUGAAGGCGAGGCUUGUGUGCUCCGUCACCGACGACGAGGGGCCGGAAACACACUUCGACGAGUUAGAGGAUGUGUUUCUGUUGGAAACCGAUAAUCCAAGGACAACUCUGGUGUACGGUAUUUUUACAACAUCAAGCUCCGUCUUUAAAGGCUCUGCAGUGUGUGUGUACCACCUGUCCGACAUCCAGACCGUGUUUAAUGGGCCCUUCGCACACAAAGAAGGGCCGAACCAUCAGCUGAUUUCCUACCAGGGGAGAAUCCCGUACCCUCGCCCUGGAACUUGUCCAGGAGGAGCAUUUACACCCAAUAUGCGAACCACCAAGGAGUUCCCAGAUGAUGUGGUCACUUUUAUACGGAACCAUCCCCUCAUGUACAACUCCAUCUACCCGAUCCACAGGCGGCCUCUGAUGGUCCGCAUAGGCACCGACUACAAGUACACAAAGAUCGCCGUGGACCGCGUGAACGCAGCCGAUGGCCGGUACCACGUCCUAUUUCUGGGAACGGAUCGAGGCACUGUACAAAAGGUGGUUGUUCUCCCUUCCAACAGCUCUGCCAGUGGUGAGCUCAUUCUGGAGGAACUGGAGUUGUUUAAGAGUCAUGCUCCCAUAACAACCAUGAAAAUCUCACCCAAGAAGCAACAGUUAUAUGUGAGCUCCAAUGAAGGGAUUUCCCAAGUGUCGCUGCACCGCUGUGACAUCUACGGCACGGCCUGUGCGGACUGCUGCCUGGCCAGGGACCCCUACUGUGCCUGGGACGGCCACGCCUGCUCCAGGUUCUACCCCACCGGAAAGCGACGGAGCCGAAGGCAAGACGUGAGACAUGGGAAUCCCCUGACGCAAUGCAGAGGCUUUAAUCUGAAAGGAUAUAGAAACGCGGCUGAGAUUGUCCAGUAUGGCGUGAAGAACAACACCACCUUCCUUGAGUGUUCCCCCAAGUCUCCCCAGGCCUCCGUCAAGUGGCUGUUACAGAAAGACAAAGACAGGAGGAAGGAGGUGAAGCUGAACGAACGCAUUAUCGCCACUCCUCAAGGCCUCCUGAUCCGCUCCGUCCAAGAUUCCGACCAAGGGCUGUAUCACUGCAUCGCGACGGAAAACAGCUUCAAGCAGACCGUAGCCAAGAUCAACUUCAAAGUGCUGGAUUCAGAAAUGGUGGCUGUGGUGACAGACAAAUGGUCGCCAUGGACCUGGGCCAGCUCUGUGAGGGCCCUGCCCUUCCACCCCAAGGACAUCAUGGGGGCGUUCAGCCACUCGGAGAUGCAGAUGAUCAAUCAGUACUGCAAGGACGCUCGGCAGCAGCAGCAGCUGGGGGAGGAGGCACAGAAGCUGAGAGGGGACUACGGCAAGCUAAAGGCGCUCAUCAACGGCCGGAAGAGCAGGAACAGGAGGAAUCAUUUUCCAGAGUCAUAAUAUUUCCCUACAUGGGGCUUUGCUUCAAGUAACAAAUGCUCUGUCUUCAAUGAUCAAGUUUUGAGCAAAAUACCUUGUGCUUUUCCCAUGAGAAAUUCUUGACAAAAGAUGAUUACUUUCUCCUCAGUACGUUUUCCAUGAACUGAAAUGAGCAUGCAUCUUCUUGUACAAUACUGACUAGCACUAGACAUGUCAUGUCCUCGUGGUGCAUAUAAAUAUUUAACUUAACCCAGAUUUUAUUUAUACCUUUAGUCAUCUUUUCUUCAAAACCAGUAUGGUGGCUACGGAAGUAGAGCUGUUACAUCUCUCAGCUGAACAAGGGCCGUAACCCUGGGGUAUUUCUUCCCUGCUUUAAGAGUUUAGAUUUCUAAUUGUCAAUGAUUUUAUAAAUGAAACAAAUUCCAACUCACAACUGUCACAUAGUAAAAGUCAUAUAAAUACAUGUAACAGAAUGGCCAUGGCAAGAGAUGUAGAAGAACAGCUGAGUGACAAAGAUAUAUCUAAAUAUUGUAUAAAACAUGAAUGACUGAUAAAGAGAAAAUGAUGAAUUAAUUAUAUGCUUCCAGUGAAAUUUGCUAUUCUUUUAAUGCUGUUAAAACUGUCAGUUGCUGAUAUCUAUCACUGAUCUUCUCUUAUUGCAGGAAGACAAAAUGAAUACUCUAUACCACAAGGAUCUUUGAAGGCCUUUAGGUUUAUGUAGUUACAUUAUCAUCUUCCAAACAAAAGCACUUUCCUUGUUUUGGAAGUUAUUUAAGUUAUUAUAGACUUAAAUAUAAACUUAAAAUAUUUAAUUGAUUACUGUUUUGAUUCUAAUUUUUUUGUCUUCAUGGCAAAUUAAAAACCACAAGAAAAAAACACUUUUAUUGCAUCAGACUUCUACAUGAGGGGUGAAACCACCAAAAUCAAAGGAGAAAGUUUAAUGUUAUCAGGGGAAAUUUAUAGCAAAUAUGUAUAGCUUUUAUACCUCUCAUAAUCAAGUUUGGCAAUUAAGUCCCAGUUGAAACAAACAAUCUCACAUAUCAUAGUGAUUUUUAGACAACAUUUUAUUGUUUUAUAAUUAUUUAUGAAAAAAGGAAAAUAUAUAUAUGUGUGAACAAAAAUAGACAUUCUUUAUGAAGAUUUCAGAUGUCUAUAUUUGUUCUUAUUAUAUUGUUUUUUCCUUCCAGAUAUUCUUUUAAAAGGAUGUUGGUACCUAUGUUCACUUGCCUAUGAAUGUAAAUGUGACAAGUUUUGUGAUAAAUAGCUAUCUUCUAAUUACAUUUUGGGGUAGUUUUAUAAAAAAUAAUUUAAUGCUAAAAUUAUUUUCUCCAAAUUAAACCUUAAAUGAGGGAAAUGUGAAAAAUUUCCUCAUGAUUUAAUAUUUCUUUUAAAAACACAAUUUUUACUUUUCCAUUUAUAGGACAUUUUGUUUCCAGGUCAAAACAAAAACUGUACCACUUGCUUAUUCAAAAUUUAGUACAAAAAUUUUAUUUCUAGUUAGUAAUUCACAAAGAAAUAACCAAGAUAGAUAGUUCACUGUUUUGAGUAUGGCAGUAUACAAGUCCAAGAACUAAAAUCACAGCUAGGAAUGCAGGUCAGCAGUAGAGCCCGUAUUAGCAUGAAAAGGUCCUGCAUUUGCUCCCACUAUCAAAUAAUAUAAACAUAAAAAACUAAAAUAUUGGCCAAAGAGAAUGUAGUCAUUGAUCAGAAUCUAAGAUUAUAAUUUAUUAUUUAAGUGAUGAUAAAUUUCAGUAUUCUAAGAGGAGGCAACAGUGUUGCAAAAAGAAGUGUUAAAAUGCACAACAUAAAUGAUACUCAUGUGUUAGAAGCUACUGUUGCAAAUGUAUGUAUGUGUCAAGGAAUCUCUACAGCAGUUUAUUAUAUAAGUAGCUUUCCUGCUUAUGAGGUUAUAUGUAUUUUCUCCUCUACACAUACAAAUAGCAGUGCAGGUCAAUGUGGAGCCAACAGCACCCUCUGUGUUUGUGAUCAAUCUGUUCACUGUACAGAGCUAAAAGUGAAGUUGUGUUAGAACCUCAGUUUCCCUAUUUUGCAUAGGUCUGAACAGAACAGUGGAUGACAAAUGGUGUUUGGUUUUAUAUUAUUUGUGCUAUUUAAUGUCUUCUCUUCUGAAUAAUGUUGAAUUGUACAUACUUUUCUUUUAAAACUACACAAAUUCUUCUCGAACACAGCUCUGCCAAAUGUGAAGACAUUUCUCUUUCCAAAAACUCUGUCAGUGUGUACUGAGUAUUGGUGAUUGAUUGGCUUUGUUUUAUGUAGUUUGGCAGUUUAAUGGUUUAACAUGUUUUCCAUUUGUAUUGUAUAUAAAAUUUCCUACAAAUGCACUCCCCUGCCCAAAGUGUAGGUUUGUAGAUAGAUUUUGGCAUGAUGAAACUGUCAUUUCAGUGAAUGUUUACUCUGUGUCAGAAAAACUAAAUGUAGUUUUCACACUGACAUUUAAUUGGAUAUUGAAGAAACCAUUUGCCUGGCAAAAUAAAACAUUUUGAAUUCCCCCAA